GCGAGCAGGGCGGGCGGGCUCCGAGGGGACCGGCCCGGGGAGGGCGGCCGAGGCGCAGAGGGAGCGGGGCAGCCCCCGCGCUGCAGCGGGCGGCGUCGAGCCGGCGGCCCCUUCCCUGCCCGCGCUCUCGCACCGGCUCUCCGCGCCCAGGGCGCACGGCGGGGAGGUCGCGGUGCCCCGCGCGCGGCCGCCAUGGAGCCGCUUCCCUCCACCGACGCCGCGCUGCAGCCCGCGCUCCUCGCCAACGCGUCGGACGCCUUCCCCAGCGCCUUCCCCAGCGCCGGCUCCAAUGCGUCGGGGCCGCAGGGCGCACGGAGCGCCUCGUCCCUCGCCCUGGCCAUCGCCAUCACCGCGCUCUACUCGGCGGUGUGUGCCGUGGGGCUGCUGGGCAACGUGCUGGUCAUGUUCGGCAUUGUCCGGUACACUAAGAUGAAGACAGCCACCAAUAUCUACAUCUUCAAUCUGGCCCUGGCCGAUGCAUUAGCCACCAGCACACUCCCUUUCCAAAGUGCCAAGUACCUGAUGCAGACGUGGCCUUUCGGGGAAUUUCUCUGCAAGGCUGUGCUUUCCAUUGACUACUACAACAUGUUCACCAGCAUCUUCACGCUCACCAUGAUGAGUGUUGACCGCUACAUUGCUGUCUGCCACCCAGUCAAGGCCCUAGACUUCCGCACCCCCGCCAAGGCCAAGCUGAUCAAUAUCUGCAUCUGGGUCCUGGCCUCAGGGGUUGGAGUACCCAUCAUGGUCAUGGCUGUGACCCGACACCGAGACGGCGCGGUGGUGUGCACGCUCCAGUUCCCCAGUCCCAGCUGGUACUGGGACACGGUCACCAAGAUCUGUGUGUUCCUCUUCGCCUUCGUGGUGCCCAUCCUCAUCAUCAGCGUGUGCUACGGCCUCAUGCUGCUGCGCCUGCGCACCGUGCGCCUGCUGUCGGGCUCCAAGGAGAAGGACCGCAGCCUGCGGCGCAUCACGCGCAUGGUGCUGGUGGUCGUGGGCGCCUUCGUGGUGUGCUGGGCACCCAUCCACAUCUUCGUCAUCGUCUGGACGCUGGUGGAUAUCGACCGCCACGACCCGCUGGUGGUGGCCGCGCUGCACCUGUGCAUCGCGCUCGGCUACGCCAACAGCAGCCUCAAUCCCGUGCUCUACGCCUUCCUCGACGAGAACUUCAAGCGCUGCUUCCGCCAGCUCUGCCGCCUGCCCUGCGGCCGCGCGCAACCCGGCAGCUUCAGCCGCGCGCGCGAAGCCACGGCCCGGGAGCGCGUCACCGCCUGCAGCCCGUCCGACGGCCCCGGCGGCGGCGCGGCGGCCUGAGAGCGCACAGCCGCCGGGUCCAGCAGCCUGGGGCCGCGGACGGGGCGGGGCCAAUGACGAAAGGGGCGGGUCUAGUGGGGGCGAGGCCAAUGGCGGGGCGGACUGAGGGGGGCGGGGCCACGAAGGAGGGUCAGAUCUGAGAUGUCCCUGUAGGACCCUGCAGACGCACAGACCUCCUCGUCCUCCUGGUCUGGAAGCGGGCCAGACACUGGGCCAUACCUCUGGGCCAAGGGCACUGUCCGAGACUUUAGGUGGUCCGAACAGGUGUGACUCCUGUAGGGCGCGAGGGUGGGGCCUCCACCUAGACCCCGCUAAGUGGCCUCCACGAGGUGGGGGAGCCCCCACCCAGACCCAGCUCUACCCUCGAGCCUAGCUGGAGCCGGCUGCAGGACUGGGGUCCAACCUGAGUGCUGGCACCACGACGACAGCUUGGCACACAGGUAGCUGGGGAGAGGUUUAGAAAUUGAGCUGCAAGGGACUGGAGCAAUAGCACAGCGGGUAGGGCGUUUGCCUUGCACGCAGCGGACCUGGGUUCGAUUCCCAGCAUCUCAUAUGGUCCCCUGAGCACCGCCAGGAGUAAUUCCUGAGUGCAGAGCCAGGAGUAACUCUUGUGCAUUGCCGGGUGUGACCCAAAAACAAAAAAAGAAAAACAAAAACGAAAUUGAGCUACAAGAUUGGGCCUCUGUAGGGGUGGGUAGGUGGGGGGGGAGGGGGCGGGCACUGCUUCCUGGACAGGAUCAAAAGGACAGCCAGGCCCGAAGAGAAAGAAGAGCUGGUAGGGUGCUCGCCUUGCAUACGGCCCACCCAAGUUCGAUCCCUCGCAUCCGUAUGGUCGUCUCCCAAGUACCGCCGGAAGUGAUUGCUUAGUGCAGGGCCAGGAGUUACCCUGGAGCAUCGCUGGGUAUGGGCCAGAAAAUCAAAACAAAACAAUAAAGAACAGUUGGCUGGAAAGAUGGUACAACGGAUAGAGCGCUUGCCUUGCACACUACUGGCUGAGGCUAGAUCUCCAACCCCACAUAUGGUCCCCUGAGCCCUCCAGGAGUAAUCCCUGAGCACUGCCGGGUGAGACCAAAAAGAAAACAUUAAAAACCAAAUAAAAGAUCCAAAGUACA